UGCAGUCGUUAUCUGGCGGUUUGCGCGAAUGGCCUUUUUGGGUUUGGUUCUAACAGUUACGUCGUGAUAUCGCGAAAACUAAUUUAAUUUUAAUUUUGUUUUAAUUAUUUUUGAAGAUUAUUAUUGCCUCUCCAAUGUGUUUUGACUUGAGAAAUUUUACUAAAAUCGAGUGCAAGAUGCUUAAAACAAGUGGCAGUGAUUACAAGCAUAGGUAGCAAUAAAGUGAAAAAGUGAAAAAUGCACCACAAAACUGCGAUUUUGGUGGCGCCAGCACUGCAAAACAGCAGCUGUACGCAUCCGAGGUAUAGUCAAGCAAGUUUCUUGUCUUUGCUGGGUCUUGGAGAUGUACUGCAGGCCCUGAUUGUCUUCCUGCUAACUGUGGGGGUCCUUGCAGCGAAUGUUUUACUCAUCGUUGUAAUCAACAGCAGGAGAUACUCCAAGUAUAUUCACUCGCAGCCGCGUUAUCUGCUCACGUCUCUGGCAUGUAACGAUCUCGCCAUGGGUCUGUUGGUGACUCCCUUCGCAAUUGUCCCAUCUCUGAGGCACUGUUGGCCCUAUGGAGAGCUAGUCUGUCAAAUCCAGGCUUUGCUCAGAGGGGCUAUAAGUCAGCAGUCUGCAGUGAUCUUAAUAUGCAUGGCCAUGGAUAGGUAUCUCUGUAUGCUUCAUCCUGCCCGUUAUCACAAACAUUCCAGCAAAAAGGGCUGUGUCGCUAUCAUAAGCAUGACAUGGAUAAUGUCGGUAACGUUGUUCUCGAUUUUGGUGCUACCUCGUGGCGGUUACUACUUUAAUCCCACGGGAAUGUUGGCUUGUGAGCCGUUUUACACCCGUGCUUCCAUCAGAAUCUUGGCCGCGUGCGGUUUUUACUUUCCCACAACCAUGAUUCUGAUGUACUGCUAUGGAUCCGCUUUCCAUGUCAACAAGCUGAGAUUGAAGAAGUCGGGAUGCAACACAAUUGCGAGUCCUGAUGACUAUGGAGGGACCAGCAUAGAAAAGUUGGUGACUCAGGAGAGACGGUUGAGUACGACAGCCUCCAGGACUAUGGCGGCCAUGUCCUUAGGGUUCAUCGUCCUUGUCACUCCUUGGACUAUUCAGGAAGUAGUCGCUGCUUGCACUGGAUCGAGAGCCCCUGCCGCUCUGGACUUUUUGGCGACUUGGCUUGCGUUAAGCAACAGCUUCUGGAACCCUUUCCUCUAUUGGCUUUUGAAUAAUAAUUUUAGGAGAAUCAGUAGAGAACUUCUAUUUAGCAGACUCUUCUGUCGCAAAUCGAAGGAGCCCAAGUCCCACCAACAGCACUGCUGUAGCAACAGCAGUUCGGGUGCUUUCACCCAUACUCAAGGCUGUGAUCUCGAAGGACUCUCUGAGAAAUACUGGGGGGAGAUCCUCGAAAGGACUUUAUCGUCCAGUUCGCUUCAAGCCCUCCAGCGCGCCUACUCCCACCCCCGCAUGGAGCGGUGCAACGGUUUACAAGAAAUGAAAGUGUUCGAUACUGCCGUUCCCGAUUUAUGAAAGUUGGAUAAGACCACACAGACUUUCGAUAUGGGUGCGUCGGAAAGCAUGGGCAGUUCGUGCGAAACGGCGACGCUAUCGAAAUGAUUUCGUGUGGUCAAAUGCAAAACCGGAGAGAAGAGAAAUAAAACGAGACUAAUAACGAAGUUCGGAUUUGUUAUGAUCGUAAAAAAUGCAAUCUCCGCUUAAUAUGAAUUUAAAAUUCUUUGUACGGAUAGUUUGAAACUAAAAAGAAUUAUUUAAACACAUGCUUUAUGGCACUUUUUUAAUCCGACUAGAAGCAACAAUUCCAAUUUGCAUGUUCUUUCAUCUUCUAAAUUGUUUCGUCUGCGACUCAUAAAAAUCUCUUUUAAAACAAGACUUGCAUCAUAAUAUGUUGCCAUAUUUUUUCAUUGCUAACUUUCAAAUUUAAAACUUUUAAAUUAUAUGCUAAAAAGCCGGCCUAUUUGUGUUGUCGGAAAAACUUGCCAAAACCUGUGUACUGUGAUGAAAUUUUUUCACACAUCUGAAAACCCACCGAAAUGUGUUUAAUGUCCACAAUAAUAAUUGUAGCAAUAUUGUACGUUUCAUAAACAAUGAUAUCAAGUACUGUACAUUUUAGUGAUAUGUAAAAAUGUUUGUUAGAAGACGUAUGUAAAUAAAAUAGAAUCUUUUUAAUACAAUACGAAUAUACGUAACUUGACUUGCGAAUGUUAUAUUAACUAUUGAGAGUGUGAUAUUUGUUUAUUUCAAUAAAAAUGAUAAAACUAUUUUUAUU